UAGCCCCUGGAUUCGAAAAUACAACUGGAUGAUUCAAUGGAACGCUAGUCGAAAUUGUGACGGGACACGAGACCUCUCUCUCUAUUUCUCUCUCUCUCUCUCUCUCUCUGUCUUCCUCCUCCUCUGAGCAUCCAAAAAGCUCAUUUCUUCCUUCGAGCUACCGCCCGCCAGCUGAAGCAGUUGCAGAAGCAGCAGCAGCCGCAGAGAGAAGCUAAGCAUGGCGGCAUUCCUCAUUGUCCUCCUCACAUCUCUACUAGCUCUCACCACUCUCCCCGCCGCCGAAUCCCGACUCUACACCAACUACUACCAAAAAUCGUGCCCGAGAGGCAGAUCAUGAAUCCCACCACCGCCGCAGCCACUUUCCGCCUCUUCUUCCACGACAGCCUCGCCAACGGCUGCGACGCCUCCACCCUCCUCUCCUCCACCCCCAUCAACAAGGCGAUGGAGAAGCUCGGCGUGUUAGGGAUUGAGACCGGAAGGCGGGGAGAGAUUAGGCACAGGUGUCGAUAUCAACCUCUCAUAGAACAAAAAAGCAGGACCCACUCGCUGUGCACCAGAUCAUAAAUUGGUCCAUCGCUGAUAUGAAGCUGUUUUCUACGGUGCUCUGUCCCUUGUACUCAUCUCUUGGAUACUAGUUGAAAACACAUUUACUCAAGUAAGGUGAAAAGGUCGUCAAGUUCCUUUAGCGAUAUGGAGGAUAACGUCAUACUUGACGGUAGAUACUCUGACGUGAGAAUUCCGUUAAUCUUUAUGGUUUUAUUCAAUGCUGCUUUCUUUGGAACGGGAAACUUUGCCAGUAUUGCAAGUUUUGAGAUUUCAUCAGUGUAUCAGUUCAUUACUGUCUUCAGUCCAUUUCUCAUGGCCGCCUUACUUAUCUUCAAGUUGUUCAUUCCAUUCCUGCUAGUCAUAUGUGUAUUCAGUGCAAUAGCAAAGCUAAACCGACUUCCACGGUUGGCAUGCUAUUUUCUCGUUAUACUAUUUUCAGACGUAAUGACUAUGCAUUUUUUCUUCCUGGGACGAAUGCUUCUUAUCAUACAGCAUCAGAACAGUCGUUUCUAGCAAAUUGGUAACAGCAUCAGCCACUUCGAAAUCAUGAGUGCUCAGGUUGUCUUUGUGCUUUUUCUCUUUGCUCUCACGAACAUAUAAUCGAAAGAUAUCGACAUUGGUUCAGUGGAAGCAAUUUAGGUCGUGUUAAAUUGGGACUUUGGGCAUCAAAAUAAGUCACCAGUGUUCAGGAAAAGCAAGCAUUAACGCUGCUAAGGCACACCUCUUUCUGUCUUAUGCAAUUUUUUGCCCUUUAUUCCUACAACUGCUGAUUGCUCGUACAAAGUUCGAUUAAAAUUUAAUGCGAGUCAGAGCAACGGGAUUUUCCAAGUGUUCCCCAAAGAUCGCACAACGUUCGAUUGAAAUUUUGGCACUCUUCUCACAUGUCUUGAUUAGUUGAUACGAUUUAACCAGUUAUCCCAUUUAGAUAUUCAUUGAUCAAUUUUUAA